AUGCGGAUGCUGCGCAUCUUCCGGCUGGCGAAGGCGCUGCGCGUGCUCCGCCUGAUCUCCAUGAUCAAGCCCCUGCGCGUAUUGCUGAAGUCGCUCGCCAGCACCAUGGGGACCCUGGGCUGGUGCUUGCUGAUGUUCGCGGUAAUACUUUUCCUUUUUUCGCUGGUCUUCGUCCUGCGCGUGGCAAACUACUUCAGGGACAGUGGCGACGACCUGAACCCUGCUGAGGUGAGCCGGUUGAUGGCAGCCUACGGCAGCGUGUCCAGGACGAUGCUGACGGCCUGGUCGGAUUCAUAUGCAGCACUGGUGGUAAUGAUUGGGCAAUCUAUUACGAGGCGUUGGAGCCAACAGGAUUUUUGA